CAGCAGAAGCUCUUACUACUACGGUGCAUCUCCGAACUUCUGCACUGCACACGCACUGAAAUCAGCAGACACAAGGAUGUAACCAUUUCCACAUGUUUUUAUUCAGCCUCUGCUCUCUUUUACCUAUUUUUUGUAUCAUAUUUUUAAACAUUUAUUGUUUUGCAAGGAAUAACUUACCAAAAACAUGACCUGGACAUACUUUUUUGGCCGACAAAGCCUCAACUCUGCUGACUGCAAGACCUAGGCGAAACUCUUUACGGGAUUAUAACAUCUUGUUCGGUUCGGUUCUCGUGGUUUCCCGCUCUGGAUUUCGGAUUUAUCGUUUUUUUUUAUCGAGAUGGAAGGCCGGGAUUUCGCCACUCCGCCGCACCUUCUGGCAGAGCGAGGCGCGCUGGUUCACAGAGCCGCCUCGAGGAUCACUCCUACCGGGCACACCACAGUGCAGCAUCCCGGUCACUUUCAGCCUGGGAAAUAUUACCCCUCGCACAUACCGAUACCUCCACAUUCAGGCAGUGGACUGAUAGGGAACUCCUCUGCCUCCUUCAUGGGUACAUUUUUGGCCAGCAGUCUGGGUUCUCCCCCCUCCCAUCCAGCUGGACCCACAUCUUCACCCUCAUCUCCACCUUAUCGGACUGGACAUCACUCAACAGCCCCAUCACAGAUCUGGUUUCCCCACUCACAUGAAGCCCCAGGGUAUGCCCGCUUUUCAGGGAGUCUAGCCCCCACCUUCCUACCCAUGAGCCCCCUGGAUCACCAUGGCAACAGCAGCGUACUCUAUGGACAGCGUUUCUAUGACACUCAGAAAGAUUUCUAUCUACGAGGCCUCCCUUCGCAACCACACCUUCUCUCCACCAAUCACAGCCUCCCACCACUAUCUCGGACUGCCCCUGCACAUCUGUUGGAUUCCUGUAGUCGAGAGAGGGACUCUGGGAGUGCAGCUUCCCAGAAGAGCUCCAAAGAGACAGGUGUAGCGGAGCGAAGAGCAGCACCCGGAGGAAAAGAGAAAGGACUCAGUAAACAGGACUCUAAGCAGGAUCGCCAGAACCAUGGUCCACCACUUCACAACCUUCAUCACAACCAGCACCAUCACUCACAAAGCUUAGAAGAGGACCUCCGGCACAAAGACGACCCCAAACACCUUAGCUCCUGCCUGCUUAGCACGAAGACCCAGAAUGGCUCUGACCCAGGGGCCACAGCCAGGGGCUCCCUGCCUAGUUGUGUGGGGCCAGGAGCCUCUGGUCUGAGUACUGGUCGGCAGCCAGGUGGGGAAGGUCACUGUUGUAAGGAGGGGGUCAGUGGAGAGAUGCGAAUUAGUGAGCCAACCUCAGACUGUCUUCGCCACAGUGUCAUACUGGGCCAUGCCCGCCCAAUGCCCUACUCUAUGCCCCAUCCCUUAGGCAUUGGCUCUGCUGUGGGAGGAUCCUGGCUCCAUCCAAGUCAUCCAAACCAUCACCAUCCUCAUCAUUCCCAACCAGAUCUCUUCUGCCCACCUCCCCAUGCCCUGCUCAACAUGCCAAAUGCUCAGGAAAAGAGCCUGGCUCCUAGAACAGGUAGGGACUCUGAGGUGACAGGGUCUACUUUUGUGCCAUCCGUGGGGCCACUGGGGGACAAAACGAAUGGACCAUUCCAACUAGGGAACCCUCACUGCCGAGGUAUAGGGGGUGGAAUGGUGGCAGCUGGGGGAGGUGUUGGAGGAGGUGUGGGGAAAGAAACCAAAACUCCUGAGAGGAGUAGCAGUGGAAGUCGAACAGCUCCACCUGCAUCUCCCCACAUGCCUCCUCCUAAUAGCUGCCAAAGAAAAUCUUCCCAACAACAACAUGCAUAUGGUAAAGCAGACAAGAGCUCAGAGUGGCCCCCCGGCCCACUUUCACGCACACACAGGGUUCAGCACAGUCAUAAUCAGCAUUCCAAUUCGGUUCGGUCAUAUAGCUUGGACACCAAUGAGGAAUCGGAUCCCUUUCGUCCCUCUCUGCCACUGGGUACGAAAGGUAGCCACCAAGCUAAGAGUAGCAUAUAUGCCAGUACCCCACCAUUUCGGGACUGUUCUAAUUCAGGUCCAUCAAACAGGGCUUCUUCUGAAGGUAAAGGUGGAACUGAAAGUGAGUGUAGUCUUCAGAAAAACAGUCAGAGAGUUGCACGGAUACGUCAUCAGCAGCACGGUAACAGGGGCGGCACUGGUGGGCUGGAGCCAAGUGACGGUGAACAAGAAAAAAGUACUACAGAAUACAGCAGACAUCAGACUGGCACUCAUCCCUCAUUGGAAGUGCGAGGACACCAGACUCAGUCAGAUGAAGAACAGCACAAGAUAUUGAACUCUCUGGGUGCUGGCUCCCAGACUUCACAUGGGGACCAAGGGCCUAUUCAACCCUUAACGUCACCACAGGAGGCCACAUUGGGGCCCCAAGGACCUGAAAGCAAUGCCAUGAGGAAUCUGAUGAAGUACAGCAGACAGCAACCACUGCUGUUCUCUCAGAAAAGCCCAUUUGGUGGCUUGGGCUGCCUCAAGCAGGGGGCAGCGACUGGGGAAAGGAGUGAGAAAAACAACAAAAGUGGAAGCAGUUCGAGCUGUGCUCUACAGGAGGUGAAGCAGAUUCUGCCCCCCAGGAGAGCUUCAUCAUCUGGGGAGAAUGAGCGUUCGGAGCGAGUGGGCAAGGACUCCGGGGAAUCUCAAGGGGAGGGAGAGGUGCGGCAGCCCCCUGUGGGGAUAGCAGUGGCCGUUGCCAGGCAGAGAGAGCCACCGUGCCACCUGUCAGAUGGGCAUCCCACCCACAGCCACCAAAGCAGAGUGAUGCCCAGCAUCAAGGGUGUUGGAUGCCCCAUGUACCCGCUGGACCAGGAUAUGGAUGAGGAACGAAAACGAGUUUGUGAGGAUCAGUUUGGACUUCCUCAAUUUGACAGAGAGAGAGAGCUCCUCCUCAGGGAAAACAAAGACAGAGUUGAGUUUGCCAGGAUCCACCACUCCAGUAGUUGCCAUGGAAAGCUGACCUCGCACCUUAUUGUGCCAGGCAGUAGCCAAUUAGGCACUGAGCCAUCUGCUCAUGCCCACCCCGCCCAUCAUCACUGGAUGCCUCGGACAGGAAGUCCCUCCCUUUGGAUGGGACACUCCUAUGGUCUCAGUCAUGCGGCAUUGCACCAGAACCUGACUCCAGGCUUCUCCACAACCAUGCCCAGCCCCUUGCAACCAGUUCUGCCUCUCCCUCAGGAUCCUUCUGCCGCCCUGGUGGUACUGCCUACCGAGCCAGCAGCCCACCCUGCCACCCAUCACCUUGAUGUAAUGGAGCAGCAGGGAUUGUGGCCCCCCAUUUAUGGAGCCCGAGGGCCCACCUCACACAUGCAGCAUCCUGCUGUCUAUUCCCGAUCCCAGUUUCUACGGCAACAGGAUCUCUACACGCUGCAGCAGCAUCAGCACCAGCAGCAUCGUGCAGCGCAGGCAAUGGAGCUAGUGCACAGACACAGUCACUCACAGAGGAAACCUGAGGAUUCCCCCAUCGAUUUGUUUGAGGGGUCGUCUGAGCUCCGUACGUCCAAGCACACUAAGCCUUUCUCUGCUGGCCCCUCAACUAAACAGCCCCCCAUCUCCUCUUCUCUGGGGGGCUGUGCCUCUCGUCUAUCACCCUGCUGUCGCUCACCUGCUCCGCGGUCCCACCUCAAGAGUACGCCCUGCACACCCUGUCCUGAACCAAGCCCAGCUGUGGCUGCCCCUCGUUCCCCGGCGCUGAGCCCCCAUGCAGCUCCCCACCACCUGCCAAAACCCGCCGAGUCCCAGGACAAGAGGGGAGAGGGGCAACCGCCCCAGGACUACCCUCAGUCACUGGAGCCUGAUCUCCCUCCUGGCUAUACUUACCCUGCCAUCACCAUGGGUUACAAGGUUGGCCCCUCCCCCCAAGAGGUCCAAUUGGCUGAGCAUGCUGACUUGGAGGCAGAGCAAGCAGAACCUGCUGAACCUGCACCAGAGCCCCUCCCCCUUUCUCAAAAAGUGGAGGGGCCUGAUUGCCACAAUGGAGUAGAAUCUCCUAACAGAACAUCCCAAGAAGUUGAGGAAGAUGAUGGGGUGAUAGAAGCUGAAGGAGAGGUGGUUGAUGGCCAGAUACAGGUCACCCGCUGCCCUGUUCCUCUCUCGCAAACUUCCCUUUGCCCCAUUACUGAUUCUACAGUAGCAGACCCCAUUCCAGAUACAGCAACCAUGAUCCCUGAAAACCAAACUAGUGAAAUGGAAACACCAUCUGAAGACCUCAAAGAGCAGGAUGGGGUUCUACAGGAUCCAGUCCAGGGUUCUUUGACCACCUUCCAGGAUUCUCAGUGUAUGGAGUCUACCGUGACUGACCCAGAGAGGACAGUAGAGGACAAUUGUGAUUCACCCAGUAACCCAGUAGAGACCACCCAUCCAUCACCACCCCUCUCCCCGUGCCCCGUGCCAUCUGCCUUGGGAAAUCAGUUCCAAGGCAGCUGCAUUUGGAGCUUGGAGCUGCUCAUAGCAGCAGCACUUUGUGCCACCCGAGAUGCCCGUAUGAUGGCUCCUGUGUCUGUAUCUGCUGACAAGGUGGCCCCUAAUUAUGGCAUAGAAUUACUAAGUGAACUGGCAGAGUUGGAACGAACCCAACAGCAGAGGAACAACACGGUGGAGAAUGCAGAAGAAGACAUGUUGACCUUUGACCUCCAAAGUUUGGCAACUCUCGCUGCUGCUCGUGCCUUGGAGCUGGCCCCACCCAUCAAUGCAGACUCAGUCCCACCCCUCCGAAGAAUCCUUAAUCUGCGCAGGAAGUGCAAUUGGAUGCCACGCCCCGAACCGGUGUGUCCUGUUAAGGCUACCAUGGAAACGCUGGAUCGAGAAGAGCUAGCGAUGCGCGUGCGGCUGGCAGAACUGCAACGGCGCUACAAGGAAAAACAGAGAGAGCUUGCCAAGUUACAGAGAAAACAUGACCACCAGAAAGAGGAGACCUCACGGAGUCCAGCUCGUAGAGGGCCCGGAAGGCCACGGAAGCGCAAGUCCACAGCGAUCCCCACGGAUGCCCCUAAAAAAGUCAAGUCAAUUGGGGCAGGGGCGGGGCUAGGCCUGCUGACAGCGGAGGAGCUGGCUGGGGGCGGAGACCGGAAAAGGAUGAAGAGGAGGAUGACCAGCAGCCCAUACCACCGUCUUAACAGCACACAGAUGAAGGCUCACUGUAGGCCAAGAGGCAGACCAAGACUGCUAAGCACUAAGUUUAAGCAGAAAGCCUGUUCACAACUGAAGCAGAAAGCCAAAGUCAAGCGUGAAUCCAGACUGGUGAACUUGUUAUGUCACAGAGAAAGCAAUACAUCAAACUCCAUCACAGAACACCUAUCCAGAGAUCACAGUGGAAAUCAAGAAGAACGAACACAGAUUAACAAAACUGGAGAGCACAGUGGCACAGCAGGCAGUGGGGCAGCAGUCCAUCAGGUAUCAGAUGGGAAACAGACUCUGCUGAGAAGAGGCGCAAGGUCAAAGCAGCUGCUACGCAAUACACCUUUGACCAAUAGCAAGCUUGAAGCUCCCGAGAAGGGCAUCUCGCCAUCGGACAGCAACACCGAGGAGGAAGAUGACGGCAUCUAUAAUAGUGAGAACGGGGCAGAGGGCUUCAAGAAUCUAUCAUCUAAAGAGCAACUGUCGGGAGCCAGCCGGCCUUCAGAGUGCUCCAUUGUACAGUUUGAAGCCAAUCAGAAAGCCAAGAACAACAUGGAAAGACAAGGAUUCGGGUCUGUGAAUGUGUCUGUCUCUAAAGAAGAGGUAAGGAUGAGAAGAAAGGCCCCCUGUAGGCCAGUCCUGGUCAGUGCUGACACUAACCACUCAGAAUUGGAGGAGGGAAGGAGAUUGAAUGGCCCCAAGUGGAGAGAGGGGUCAAGGGAACACACCUUUGACCACACCAGGCUCCUUAAGAUCUCAACCAAUCCACGAGAGAGGACCACCAGGAAGACCCCAAUGCUUCACGGCAAGAGGAAGAGCUGUUGGUUGGAAACACUAUGUUCUCAGUAUGAUAACAUCACUUGGAGCAGACGAAAAAGAAACAAGCAGCAGGCUAAGGGCCACGCAGUCAGUCGUUUGCUUCAGAGCUUUGCUGCUGAUGAAGGAUUCCAUAUGGAUGAUGACAACAGCUUCUCAGAGGAGGAAGAAGAAGAGCAGGAACCAGAGUUGGUGGGCAGUGCCCUACCGGUCCCGGCCAACUGCACUCUCACCAAAGAAAUACUGAGGGAUGGACUGAAAGUGUUAAUCUCAAAAGAGGACGAGUUACUGUAUGCCGCCUACGUACAUACACUGGACCUGCCUGAUAUCUACAGUGUUGUCGUUGAUGGAGAGCGAGGCAACAGGCCGAGGGUCUACUCUCUGGAGCAGCUGCUUCAAGAAGCGGUUUUGGAUGUACAGCCAGAGAUGGUGGAAACUUUGACAGAUGGAACAAGAGUGUGCGCCUACUGGAGUGAACGUUCACGCUGUCUUUAUCCUGGAUAUGUCCGUAGAGGAGGUCCAGGUGAGGAACAGAAGGAGGGCAGUGUCAUGGUGGAGUUUGACGAUGGUGACCGGGGAUGGAUUUCUCUCUCAAGCAUUCGGUUGCUUCCACCAGGCUACCAAAUUCACUGUGCAGAGCCAUCACCAGCCCACCUGGUCUCGCCUACCUGCCGCAGGCGGAAGAGCUCCACUCAAGGGAAGAUAACUCAGCAGACUGAUGUGUCCUCAGAGCGUUCUGCUAACGCAGAGACCAGAAAAGAUUUUGUUAAAGGCAAGCCAGGAAGGCCAAAAUCAACCAAUUCAUCAUCAAAGAGCUGUUUGCCAGAGAAUGUGACAGGGACAGCUUCUCCUCUUCUUGGCUGGCCUGUUGCUGCCAUGUCCAGAAGGAAACCUUCCAUGGAUUUCUUCCAGUUUAAUGGAUUAACCAAGAGAGCUCUGAGGGCAAAGGAGUCAGACAUGUUCCCCUUACUUAGUUCAACCAUGGCCACCCCAGCCAAAGGGAUCUUCAGCACUUCCUUUGAGGUAGAUUCCUUCAGCAGCAUUGCAAAUGGUUGCACAUCUUUUGGAAAUCAGCAGCUGACGACAGGCCUGUCCCUUGGUCAUAAGGGUAUCUCUAGUUUACGAGGUAGAAAGACAGCAGACAGGAAGGAAUUUCUGGUCAAACUAGACCAUGAAGGGGUCAUGUCCCCCAAGACUAAGAAUGGAAAAGCAUUGUUACUCCUUGGAAGUUCAGAGGUGCAGAGUUCUAGUGGUGGGAGAAUGGAGAAGGGCUUCGGAGCCAAAGGGAUAAAAGAACUGACCUUGACAACGGGCUACUCUCAGUCUCUUCUUCUUGUCAAAGAUGCCAAAAGGAACAGUGGCCAUCUUCUCAAAGGUUCAUCAGACAUUCGUAAGCACUCUCAGGGUCUGGGGCUUAGUGAAUAUGCAGAUUAUGGGCCGAACUGCCACAGCGACUGCCUAAGCUCCUAUUCAGAUAUAGAUGAGGAUGAAGACGAGGAGGAAGAUGCUAGGAGAGCAGCAAUGCGCACAACUGGAGGCUUUCUGUCUCGUCUCUCUGUUUCAUCAUCAUCCUCAGGGUCCUCCAGUGCGUCUAGUUCAGGCUCAUUGUCCAGCUCAAGCAUUUGCUCUUCUGACAAUGACUCAUCCUACAGUUCAGAUGAAGAAGAGGCAUCACAGCUUCUCCUACAGGGUUGCCUGUCCACUCAUCAUAGAUUGCUUCAACAACAGCAGCAUCCUGAGCCCCGUACUGCCCAUCCACGUAACAAUUUUGGAGCCAAAACCAUGAGUAUCUCUAACUCAAAGGCUGCAGUUAAUAGUAGUACAGGGAAACCUUCAAGAAGAAAGGAUAUUGCCAACAAUUCUGCCACUGUAGUACAGUCCAAAUCUUCCAAAGACUUUCCUAAGAAGCAGAAGUUACCAUCUCCAGAUGGUCCACCCAAAGUGUCCACAUUCAUGCCAGGGCGGCAGCUGUGGAGGUGGUCUGGGAACCCAACUCAGAGACGAGGAUUGAAAGGAAAAGCAAGAAAACUCUUCUACAAGGCCAUUGUUCGGGGCAAAGACACAGUCCGAGUUGGUGACUGUGCAGUGUUCCUCUCUGCUGGUCGACCUCACCUGCCCUUCGUUGGCCGCAUUGAGAGUCUAUGGGAAUCUUGGUCCAGCAACAUGGUAGUUAAAGUAAAGUGGUUCUACCACCCUGAGGAGACCAAACUUGGCAAAAGGCACCGGGAUGGGAAGCAUGCCCUUUACCAAAGUUCCCAUGAGGACGAAAAUGAUGUCCAAACCAUCUCUCAUAAGUGCCAGGUGGUGAGCCGAGCUGAAUAUGAACUUCUCAGCCGUGUCAGAAAACCGAAUAGCAACAGUCAGGAUCUCUACUACCUGGCUGGAACUUACGACCCCACCAGUGGCCAACUAGUAACAGCCGAGGGAGAGUCAAUUAUCUGCUAGUGUUUGAAAAUAGCAGGAUGCACUACUGAAAUCAUAAUUUCUCUUUGGGAGAUACCAGAAAUGGCUGAAAUCAGGCCAAGAUAUGAAGCUAGCAUGAUGUUGGAAGUGAUUUAAACCCACAGCCAUGGGUUUCUGCAGCAACUUUCAUCUCCACUCUUAGUCAUUGGAGUAAUGGUGUAUUAUUGAAUUAAUUGUGGAGAGGACAACUUGUGGUGAUUGCUCUAUGAAGGCUCUACAGACAUGGAAUGUUUUAUUAUUAUUAUUAUUAAUUUGUGAAAAUGGUAAGGCACUGUAUUUGUUCAGAGUAGGACAUUUAGAAAGAUAAACAUGGACUGGAUGUGUAGAACACUGACUGUAUUGUUGGAUUUGCAGAGAGAUCUUUUGUAAAGAUCUUCACUGGUUAUACACAUCAAACUGAUGUCACCAGUACUUUUGAUUUCCCAGCAGGACCAAAUACACUGUUACUAUGAACUGUGGUAUGAUCUGAUUGUUUGUGUGUUUGCAUGGAUGAGGUGGUACUUCUUUGCUGUAUGCAAAUUUGUGAAAAACCAUGUGCGAAUGUAGAGAUCAUCCAAAAAAACAAACAGGAAUAGGCGUGAUUAGAAGGCCUAACUGGUGUUCUUCUAAAUUCAAUGAUGCUCUCACAGGUGUACAGUGUAAUGACCUCUUUUGACAAUUCCAGGGAUUGUUUUUAUUUUUUAAUUUUCUCUUCUUUUUGAUGCUCAGAUAACAGAAAGUCAAUAUAUAAACAAGUCAGUUUAUGAUCUGAUAUUUGUGUGUAAACAAACAAAAGGAAUGAUUUUUCCAGUCAAGCCAUACAUUUCUGUACCUAUUGCGUCUCAUUCAGGUGUAUAGUUGUUUUGUUUGAUGUGUGUAAAUAUAUAAAUAUAUAAAUUAAUAUUAAAAACAACAAACUGUAAAUGUAAUAUAAAUGAAGAGAGAACUCUAUUUCUCUUUAUUGCUCUUGAUUGUGUCAAUUUUCUUUUGGUUGGUUAAAUAAUAAUGGCUGUUUUGUUUGAUUGGAGGUUUACUUCAGAGACAGGCUUGAUCCUUAGUUACUGAAAACCCUCUUCACUCGUGUCGAUGAGGAGGUUUGGGAAAGGUUUUACAUGCAGAGCAAACAGUAGAACCAACACCAUGCAGUCCAAUCAGCAACUUGGUGAUAAACUGGAAACAGGCUGUCUGUGUCCACUUCAUUAUUAUAUUUUUUCUUUCUUUUGCAGUUUUAUUUAGCUUCGAAAGGAUUCUUUUGUUUUCUUUUUCUAUUGCAUUUCAUUGUCUCUUUGAUCUAAUCGGAAACAAUUUGAACAAAUAAAAUGAAUAGCUCUCAUCUAUGUUAAAAAACACUAUUGUACUUAGUAUUACUUAGUAUAAAUCUGGCAUCCAAAAUAUUAAACCAAAGUUUUAGAAUUGCACCAAGUAGUGGAAUUGCUAUACAUUCAACUGCAAUAAAUUUGUAGACUUACGAACUAAGGGCACUUGCAAUGUUUUUUUGCCUGAUGUACUUUAGAUGACUGACAGCUAACUGUGCAUAAAGCUUUCAGAAUGGUUUUGUGUUGCCUAAACACCUGAAACAUUCUCAGAAUGUUUUAGCAACGUUGUAGCAGUGUCGUCCAUAGACAUUUUAUUUGCAAGGGGUGGGAAUGAAAAUACAAACGUGGGCAGACACUUCCAGCACUUGAAGCCUCCUGCUGUCCUAUGUCUUGUGAUCAUGAAGGACAAUCAUUUCCUGUUAGAAAGGGCAGUUUAAAACAGAUCAAAUCUUAAAUACUGUAUUGCCUCUUGUCACUUUUCUUCCUGCUUUGCCAAAAAAAUUUCUGUUUCUUUUUUCAUUGUCAACAUGUACGCUUAUUUGUUCAAUAUGCAAGCCUGUACAAAUUGUUCCGUGUUGGAAUUGUGAAAAAAAGGAUAAAUAUGCCUUUUAAUCCUAAAGGAUGACUUAAUUUUUUAAUGACAUUGUUGCUGUUACACUGCAAAAGCUAAAGCUUUAAGAAAUAUGAUGUGAAAAUUAAUGUAAUGUCACUUUCUGGGUCUAUAAUAAGAAUUAGAAAAAGAUAAAUACAAAUUUUUAUUUUUGUAAACAAACACUGGAUUCAAUGCUUGAUAUACUGGCACCACCAGCGUGCCAUGAAGUUGGUCAAGCCUCAAAGGAAUUAGAAUCAUUGUGUUACCUUAAUUUGAGACCCACUAGGAACUGAUUUUUAUGGUGGAUGUUCUUUUUGACCUUGUGGGGAAUAUAACUCUUAAGAUAUUUCCACUGUUAAAACAUGUUAUUUAUCUUAAUUUUAUUGCAUUCGUGUUGCAUUUAAUAAAUAAAUAAAAAAAGCUAUAUUACAA